GCUAUUGACAUAUGUGUCAGUUGUUCCCCCUGGCGCUCAAUCCAUCUGUUGUAGUAUGGGACGGCCCGAUUCACUUCUCUGCCUGAAGCGAGCAACAGCCCGCAUUCCGCCUUUGCUGUUUGGAGAGAGUAGGUGCACAAGCGGGAGGAAAGAGCACAGCUGUAACAUGACGCUGGUCUGAUAUUUAUCACUGUGUGUCUCUACAGGAGAGCCAUCUUGGGUUGUGAAGAUGCUGAAGGUGACCCUAGCAAGAUGCUUGCAGCUGUUUGUCUUUGCAGUCCUGGUGUCCAGACUUGAAGGCAGCAGGGUGUCGGCGACGGCAAAGGUGGAGGCAGUGGUGGGGAAGCCGUUCACCUUGACCUGCAUGCUGGUGAAGAAGGGCCCUGGGGAGUCGCUGUCGCAGGUGCGCUGGGUGGACCCCCAGAACGAGACGCUGAUCAGCUACAGGCCCGGCAACGCGGACAGCGUGAGCGGAAAGCAACACGUGGAGAUGGUCCCCUCGCCCGGCGACUCCAGCCACGUCAGCAUCAAGCGCGUCAGCUACCGUGACGAGGGCUGCUACACCCCUCACAGUCACAGGUGAGCUGCCUUGCUCUUUACUCUCAGGGAGAAAUGUGUGUGUGUGUGCAACAAGACGGCGGUGAGCGGCAAGCUGGCCACCCUGGCCUGCCACUUCGGCCUGCCGGAGAAGGUGCAGCAGGUGCUGUGGCGCCGGAGGUUGGCGCCGUCGGAGUGGCGCGACGUGGCGUCCUUCGCCCGCGACGCCGAGCCCGAGACCAAGGAGGAGUACCAGGACCGGGCCACGGUGGCGGACUCGCUGUCGGACUCGGAGCUGGCGCUGAGGCCCGUGAGGGUGGAGGACGAGGGCUGCUACGCCUGCGAGUUCCACACGUACCCGGACGGAACCAAGAGCACCACCGUCUGCCUGACCGUCUACGUCCUGCCCAAGCCCCAGGUGAGCUACAAGACCACGUCUCCGGGGGUGAUCGAGGCCAACUGCACGGCCGUGUCGCGGCCCGCCUCGGAGAUCGUCUGGAACGUGGAGGGCAACAACCGGACCAUGGGGGCGCCGGUGACCACGGCCCAGCCGCAGGAGGACGGCACCACGCUGGUCAUCAGCACGCUGGUGGUGCAGUCGGGCCUGCUGAAGGACGUGUCCGUCAAGUGCCUGGUGCACCACAAGGGCCUGGAGUCGGCCAUCGCUGUGUCCAUGAACACCAAGAUCGGGACAGCUCUUACCAUCCUGAUCUCCGUGACGACGGUGGCCUUCCUGCUAGUCCUGUCUCUGUGCUUCUGUCUGUGGAAAUGCUUCUUACGCAAAGAGGUUGAUUGACAGGCCUGGCCGAUUUGAGGUUGGACAAAACAGAGGACGUCCGAGGCUCACCACAUGUCCAGCUCACAGGUGCCUGUGACUGAAACCCCGCCUGACUGAUCACCUGAACUUCCAGACAACAUUCAACUAAUGUUAGUCUAUCCAUGUCUCUUGUGGACCGAGGACCAAACACUAUCAGGAACUGAACGGAAAACCGCAUAGCAGAACGAAGAUUAGAGAGGCCUUACUUUCCGAGAAGGAAGAAAAACAAAACAAUCCAUCUGUUCGAGAAAAAAUAACCACCCGAACGAAAAAGGAAACCCAAUGAUGCAUUGCCCUCUGAUAUAGCAAGCUAACCAGUGAUUAACACAAUAAAUAGGUUGCUUAUUGUUUCUGUAGUCGACAGCUCUGCUGUUUCCGCUCCACUGAAUAUGACGUCAUCAUUUGGGAGAGUUUAUACGAUGAUGGUGGUUCUGCAGUGGGUGCAGAUAUCUAUUUAUAAUUUUAGACAAUGUUCCUUUACUGUGUUGUAAAUGUAUCACAAGACACCAUUCACUGACACUCAGAGAAUAACUUGGGUUCAGUGAAAACAAAAAAAACACGCUAGUCAUAAAGAAUAUCAAGGAAAGAAUUAUAACAAUGCUCUUACAUGUUUUUAAAGUAUAGCCAUGCUCUUCAUAUCUACAACUUACGAAAAAAAAAAACCCUGCUAUAGUAUGCUGCUGUGAGUAUUUAAUGAAGUUAAUUAAAGGCCAUUGCUUCUAUGCAGCGUAUGAUAUACACAUGACAGAUAUCCAUAGUACAACAUAUUCAUAAUAAUCACAGCUAGAUCUUUGGCACCUUGUUCCUCCAGGCUCCUCCAGCCUGUCCUGUUUACUGCACCAUAUGACCCUGGUCGUCUCAGCAGUCUCUAUGCUAUGAUUUAGCUGGAAGGUCACGGGGGCCGUUGUGUGUUUGCUGGUCACGCUGAUUCACCAGUAAGGGCUGACCGAGUCCAGGGUGGUUUGUGGCACAUAGAGGGCUCUCUGGAGAGAAUGCAUUUACAGCUGAAUGUUUCGCUUCAGUAGUGAAGACGUUGAAAUACUGUAUGAUGCCUUGUUUCUGCAAUGAUGGGACCACAUUGUGUGUGUGUGCGUGUGUGUGCACGUGCGUGUGUGUGUGUGUGUGUGUGUGUGUGUGUGUGUGUGAGAGAGAGUACCUUGUGCUUGUGUAUGUGUGUGUGCAUGUGCAUGUGUGUAUUUCUAAGCAGGUACCUGGUUUGCCUAUUUCAGUAAAAGCAUGCUGCGAUCUUAAGUGCCAUAGAUAGCAUUUGUUGGUCUUUGUGUGUGUGUGUGUGUGUGUGUGUGUGUGUGUGUGUGUGUUAGUGUGUGUGUAUGUUUGUGUGUGUAUGUUUGUGUGUGUAUGUGUGUGUGUGUGCGCGUGCGCGCGCGCUUGUUGGUCUUUACUCGAUUUGUCUUUGGUAGGUAAUGUGGUUGUUCUCUGGAUCGCACUCAUCAUUAUGCACUUCAAUAUAUUAGCUCUGCGAAGGGAAGUUGCGUAAAUAUGAAGAUAAGCAGCAAAUAAUACCUUCACUCGCACACAAUGCACUAAAGAUAGCGGACUUUGCUGUUUCGGAUAAUGAUUUUCGAGAUGGAAUGAAGGACAGCAGGUGUAGUUGAUAUCGUUCUGCGUAUGCUGCAUAUAUAAAAGUGUCCUCUCUCCACUGCUUAAUGUCUAAGUGGUCUUUGGCAACUUUUGAUAAAAAUGAAACAUAGCACAUGACUUGGGAGAGAAGCAGAAAUAAUCUGCAGUUCUUCUGUUAAUGCGCCACUUCUCUUUGUUGUCUUUUCUGUGUCUCGGAGUGAAUGAUGCGCUUUUGGUAUAAAGGUUUGAUGCUUAAUGCUACUUCUGUCUAAGGCUUAUUUGCAUGAAGGGCGCAGUGCAAUUCAUUGACCUCUCUGAAAUGCCAACUGCAGGCUUUUUGCAGCCGUAUGAAGAGCCAGAUAAAACAGUAUGAACGCCAGACGCUAGGACUCUGAAGGACUGUCAGCUGAUGAAUCUAUUCAUCCAUCCAUCUCUAUAUCCCUCCCUCCCUCCCUCCCUCCCUCACUCACUCACUCACUCCAUAAACAUUAUUUCACUAAAGAUGUCAUGUGUCUGAUCCCUAUGCCUUCCAGUAUUAAUGUGUAUACAGUAUUGUUACGGGAGGGAUGUGCUGGUAUAUAAUGUUUGUGUAUCAAUUUAAUGUGUAAUGGGAGAGUGUGAAUGAACACAAAUAUGAAAUAAAAUGUGUUGUGUUGUGUUGAAUUGUAA